UCCUGCACUGUAUGUAGGCGGGUGAGAGAUGUCGGUGUCGGUGGUGCUCCUCUCAGCGGUGAUUGCCGGUGGGGGUUUGAUCCUCAUCAUUAGGAGGGUUGUGCUGAGUAAGAUUAAAGCUAAACUUCAGUACCGGGGCGAUAUGAUGAGCGGUAAAACCGUGAUUAUUACCGGCGCGAGCAGCGGCAUCGGGAAAGCGACUACAGCCGGGUUACUGAGGCUCAGCGCGCGCGUGAUCAUGGCCUGCAGGAACUGUGAUGGAGCUCAGCAGGCUGCAGCAGAGAUUCGGGAGCAGGCAGGACCAGGUUCAGGUGACCUGAUCAUCAAACAUCUGGAUCUGACCUCCCUCACAUCAGUGCGCACCUUCUGCAGGGAAAUAAUCCAGGAGGAGGAGAAGAUCGACGUGUUGAUUAAUAACGCGGGCGUGUACCGCUGCCCCUACGCUAAGACGGAGGACGGGUUCGAGAUGCAGUUGGGCGUGAACCACCUGGGUCACUUCCUGCUGACGCACCUGCUGAUGGACCUGAUGCGUAAAUCUGCGCCCAGUCGCAUCGUCGUCGUCUCGUCCAAACUCUACAAGCGCGGCGGCAUCAACUUCCACGACAUAAACAGCGAGCGUAGCUACGACCCGGCGUCCUGCUACAGCCAGAGCAAACUCGCUAACCUGCUGUUCGUCCGCCAGCUGGCACGGCGGCUGGAGGGCAGCGGGGUGACGGUGAACGCCCUCUCUCCUGGCAUGGUCAGGACCAACCUGGGACGGCAUGUCCACAUCCCUCUGCUGGCCAGGCCCCUGUUCUGGUUGGUGUCCCUGAUGUUCUUUAAAAGCUGUGAGGAGGGAGCGGAGACGCCCCUGUACCUCACCUGCUCCCCCGACGUGGAGAACGUUACAGGGAAGUUCUUCUCCAACUGCAGAGAGGAAAAGCUCCUGCCCAAAGCCGUGGACGAUACCACCUCCAGACGUCUAUGGGACCUGAGUGAGAGCAUGGUGGGGAUCUGAACAGGUGAAUCGGGACACAGCCGAAUGUACAAAUGUAAUUAAUUACAGCGCCAUUAAAAGCUGCACGUGUUAAA